CAAAACGUGGUAAUUUGAGGUUAAAAUUUAAAAUAAACAUGUAAAGUGUUUAUAUUUUUAAUAUUUAACUUAAAAUUAAUACUAUUUCACGUAAUUAGAUGAAAUAAAAGUAAAAUGGCUCAUUGUAAGAUACACAACGUUAGAUUUUAUUACCCAGAACCACAAGCAAUAAGAUGCAUGACCGUUCAAAGUUCUACCAAAAAACUAGCCCUAUCUAGACAAGAUGCAAGUUUAGAAAUAUGGAAUUUACAAAAUACUUGGUUUAUAGAAAGAUCAAUAGCACCGACGACUGAAAAUUUCAGUAUAGAAGGUCUAGCUUGGUGUGGAAACAGAUUGCUGAGUGUAGGACUUCAUGGACUGUUAGUGGAGUAUAAUUUGAAAAAAUUAUGUUUAGAAAAUCGAUGGGCUGUUACUGGCGAAGCAGCGUUCUGUUUAGAUGUCGAUAAGGACAAUACCAAAAUUGCAAUAGGUACCGAACAAGGUUACUUAAACCUUUUCACAGUGGAAGAAGACGGUAUAUAUUUCAAAAAAUUCUUCGACAAACAAGAAGGCAGAAUCAUCAGUUUGAAGUUCGAUUCGACAGGCGAAUUCGUAGUUUCAGGCAGUAUAGAUGUGAUUAGAAUCUGGAAUGUCCAAUCUGGACACGCGAUCCAUAAAAUGACAACCGGUAGAUCAGAAGCUAACAAACCAACAAUAGUUUGGUGUAUAAAUGUAACCGAAGAUUUUACAAUAAUUUCUGGUGACUCUAGAGGCAAAUUGACUUUCUGGGACGGCAAAAUUGGGGCUCAAAUUGAAAGUUAUCAAUCACACAAAGCAGAUAUACUGUCGUUAUGUUUAUCAGACAAUCAGACUUCCUUAUACUGCGCUGGUGUGGAUCCAAACAUUAUAAAUUACGAAAAAAUCACUGUUAAAGAUGGUUUGAAUAAAUGGGUGAGGAGUGUGCAAAGAAAAAUACAUGAGCACGAUGUUAACGCUUUGGUUUUGGUGGAUAACAAGUUGUAUUCCGGUGGAGAUGAUAGUUAUUUGGCUUGUAGUUAUUAUCCACCAAAGACACUGCUGAAGGUACCGCCAUUGCUUCAGAAUCCUUGCGUGCAGGUGGCUUCAAAUGCUAGAUACAUUUUACUGAGGUACUCCAAACACGUCGAACUUUGGUCCCUCAGCAAAACCAGUACCGUCGAUUGUAACUUCAGAGGGUUCUUACCGACAAAAGAAGAACCAAAGAAGCUCUUGGAGCUUAAACGCGUAUCCAAAGAUUACGAUGGAGAAGAAGACAGUGAAGGGAUCAUUUGCGCUUCCAUAUCAGCUGACGGGAAAUGGAUCAUUUACAGCACCGUGCUAGGCGUUAAUUUAUUCCAGUUCAUCCACGAUGAUGAUACUCCUAAUUUGGUUAAAGUUGAUGAUUUGGAGCACAGGGAAAUCCCUUGUCUUAGAGCUGUUUUCACGCCGGAUAAUUUACAGCUUGUAACUUAUUCUAACGCGGGGAGUUUGUAUUUUUAUAAGUUGCUAGAUGGUCGGGCUUCUAUUCAGCAAGUUAUCGAUGUUUCUGAUCUAAUCGAUUGUGUUACUUUUCUACUAGUCAGCUCUUGUGGUAAAUACUUGAUAGUCGCAGAUACUACUAGUAAUAUCUUGGUAUUCGUUUGGAAUCAAAAGAAAAACGAAUGGUUCAAUCAUUGCAAACUUCCCAAGUACAAAAACCCACCAACCAGUAUGAACAUCCAUCCUUUAACUUCGAAUCUAGUUGUGGUGUAUUCAGACUCUAAAAUAGUUGAAUACGACGUUUCCAAAAAGCAUUUUACUCAGUUUUCUCGUAAUCUAGAAAACAGCAAUUGGAAAUCUAGAGCGUAUCCUAUCAGGAACGUCACUUUUGAUCCACGAUCCGAAGAUGUCAUCAUCUUACAAGACGACAGUAACAUAAUAGUGAUUAACAAAGAUAAAAAAUUAUCGGGAAAGAAAUCUCCUAAAAGUAAAUUGGUUAAAUUGGGAUCGGGUAAAGAUGGCGAGGAAUUAGGAAUGUCGUCUAUUAAGAAGUACAAGCAUCUGGUGCAUUUGGAUUGGUUGGACGUUGACGAGAUGGUGGCUGUAGAGGUGAAUCCUAUUAGUAUUAUUGAGAAAUUGCCGCCGGCUUUUGUUCAGAAUACUUUCGGAAAGAAAUAAUGCGUUUUAAAUAAUGAGGUUCUAUUGUACAUAUGAUUUUUUUAUUAAUUAAACUAGAUUGUUAUAAUAA